CUCUAACUUUGCCGGCUAUUUGAAAGUUCUAUAUUGCUCACGUUACUUGUAUUUCAAAUGUCUGGAUUUGACCCAGUUUCUGACUUUCUUGCUCGUGAACAGCAAGCUCUUGGGGACUUAGGUGAUGAUUUCAAGCUAAGCGAAGAUAUUCCAAAUACCGAGGUCUCUGAUCCCAGUUAUGUGUUUCUUAAUGGACAAUCUACAAUGAAUGGCUCUCAUUUUGGACACAAUUUGGCUGAACCUGAUUGUAGAGCUAACAAUUCUGUUCAUGAUUUCAACACAAUUGUAUCAUCCGACAGUAAUGUUGGUGGAACUGAGUCAUGGCGGGAGGAAUUCGAGAGAAGAAUUAAGGCUAAAGAUGCUGAAGAAGAAAAAAGAUGUGCUGAGUUGAUGGAAAAUGGAAAAAAGGAGUUAAAUAAUUGGUACAAAGAGUAUCACCAAAUAUUAGAAACAAAAUCCCGUGAAUUGCGUGAGAAAAAACCUGAUUCAAAUGGUCAUUUCAUGAAUGGUAAUGGUAGCAAACCAUCUGUGAAAGAUACAGCCGUUUGGGAGAGUAUUUGCAAUUUAUGUGAUUUUCAGUCCAAGCAAAAAACUGCAAUUGAUACGUCAAGAAUGCGUAGUAUUCUACUCUCUCUUAAACCAAACAAUUAAUAUACACUAUUCAUGGAAUAUCAAUGAAAACAAUUUGUGCCUAUAUACCCUGUUUUACUGUUCUAUCUUCUUUCAAUAAUAUAAACAAGUGUGAUUUCUACUAAAUAGGGAGAAAAAAAAAGUGCCUUUUUCUAUGUUAUAUAAUGUUUGGAAUUUGUAUUUUCUUUCACUGAACUAAUUAUUGACAAUUGAAUAAUUAAUUAAUUUCAUCUUGGUUUUGUUUAUUAAAACAUGACAAUAUAUAAAUAUAUAUAUAUUCCCCCCCUCUUUUUAUCUAAAUAAAUUUUGAUAAAAAUGAUUUUUGUUUAUCUUUAGUUGAUAAUAAUUCUUUAUUAGGCAUAUACAUUACGCUAUCAAUGUUUGAUUGUGUCAGUUAAUACUCUAUUUUUUUUGUGUCAAAAAAAAGAAAGAAAUGAAUUUUGGCGUUUACAACAUAGAUUUUUGUAAGCGAAUAGUUCUACCAUUUAUCGGUUCGUUUCUCUGCUUUAUAUUAACAUUUAGAAUUAUAGGGGUUUGUAAUUAUGAUUUGUUGUCAGUGUUUGUUACUUUUCUGUCAGUAUGUUUGUCCGAAUAAGGUGUGUUUUUGUCUGUGUGUGUGUGUGUUUGAGUGUUGUGCCUUCAUAUAUUUUUUUUCUUAACAAUUUAUACUGUGAAUAAAUAAAUGACUUAAUUGAUA